AUGAGGAUUCAUGAAGGUUUCUCUUUUAUUGUUAUUCCAUGUUCCAUUCUCUCGUGCACUCGGGGACAAAUCAAGGAAGAGCACGUGAAGAAUGUAAGGAAAACAAGUUACAGAUUGAAACAGGCACUGGUAUCAGUGGACGAUAUAAUACAGCAACUCGGUUCUCUGACAAAUGCAACUGUGACGUGUAACAUACAGCUACAGAGUGUGACAAAGAAUUCGAACGCAGUAUGUAAGAAUAUAGAUCAGCUGGGAAAAUCUGAAGUAAGUCUUACUAGAAAGGGUAUCAUCGAGCGGGUUAUUCGAGUUGACGUUAAAGAGGAGUAUUACGCAUGCGUAGACAGGCUACGUAGUCACUGUUCGGAGCUGUAUUCAGAAAUCUGGUGCCUCCGCGUGGCAUUGUGGAGAAACAACCAUUACAGCUCCGCCAGAGAUAUUCUAGCCGAAGAUAUAUUGUUCGGGAUCAAUGCGAACUCAGAAGAUCAUGUGGGGCCAAAGAGAGCUAAACGGGAUACCGAGCAAGUGGACGAAAUUGCACCAGACGAUAUUACCAUACCACCAACAGGAUACAGGAUAAGACAGGAAUACCCGACAUUGACUGUUGAACAGAGGCAAAAAUAUCAUGUAGCUGUCAGAAAACUUUACGAGCUGUCGACUUUGACAUCUGAAGCAGAGGUCUGCAAUGCGCAACUAGAAAAUGUGACAAAGAACUUGCAUGCUGUCUGUGAGAAGAUAACACAGUUGGGAACAUCUGAAGUCAACCUGACUGAAACCAACAGAGACAUCGAGCGGACCAUAAGAGUUGACGUUAAAGACAGCUACAGCACAUGCGCGGAUAAACCGAGUGCUUCCUAUUCGUUACUUAAUUCCAGAAUCUGGUGCCUCCGUGCCGCAUUAUGGAGAAACAAUCUCUACAGCCAGACCAGAGAAGAUCAAGCAGAAGAUGCACUGUUCGGAGGUAAUUUGGACAAAACAGAUGGAGGGGGAUUAACGAGAGCAAAACGGGGUACUCGGCGAUUGAGAAGAAUUGCUCCGCGAGAUAUAACUACACCCCGUACCGGAUACCGGAUACGGAAGGAAUACCGGACAUUGACUGUUGAAGAGAGGCGAAAGUAUCAUGCAGCAGUCAGAGAACUUUACGAAGACAGGACGUUUAACUGUUUUGCUCUGGUUCACAGAAAGGGUAUCAGACUGACAGGAGUUCAUAGAGGCGAAGCUUUCUUGCCGUGGCAUCGUGCAUUUCUCGCAUUAUACGAAGAGGCCCUACGACAAAUCGACCCCGAUGUCUCAUUACCAUACUGGGACAGUACAAUAGACUACAAUAUGGCCACCCCAGUUGAGUCUGUGAUGUGGGAUGAAGAACAUUUAGGAACUGGGUUCGGUGUCGUAAAUGAUGGUCCAUUUGCAAAUUUUACAACAAACGAUAAUCCACUCAGAAGGAGAAUUGGUAAUGGGAAUGGUCGUCUGAUGCGGCCGGAUAAUGUUGAACAACUUUUUCAGGACGGAUUCUGUAAUCUUGGCCAUAUAUCCAGACGCUUGGAAAGUUUACAUAAUAGCGUCCAUAGAUGGGUCGGUGGAACAAUGGUGGGAAGUUUAUCGGCAAGUGACCCAGUUUUCUACAUGCAUCAUGCAUUUAUUGACUACAUAUGGGAGAAAUAUCGAGAAAGACAGAAAUCUGAAAUUUGUGGUGGAAUAGACCCAGGGACUGACUAUCCAAUAUUUGACGAAACAUUUAACAGACCAACGCCGCCGGAACAUAUGCCAGAAGAAGAAAUGGACGGAAUGGAAUUUUUGAUAAACAGACAAGGUAUUGAAAAUUUUUGGACUACAAACUGGUAUGGUUAUGAAGAAACACCUACCUGUGCCAACAAUUGUGGUAACAGUGCCGACAUGUUUUGUGACGAGGACUUGAAUAUGUGUGUUGGUGAGACUGUUGAUGAUCUAGAGGACGAGCCUAUUUUCAUGCCACAGAGAAUGUCUGCAAGCAUCAAAGAAGUCGCUUCCAUCAGACAAAGUUCAAACAGCAUAUGUCGCACUCAGCCAUAUUAUCUGUCAUGCCGGACCCAAGAGCCACCGUCUACAAUCGAGGGAGUAGCAUCUGCUAUGGUUAACCACGAGAUACCCGUGCCAGCUAAAAUAUCUAGAAUAGAAAUGAAGAUCCAGAAAAAUAGAGAGAAAAUGUAUGAAACUCCACCAGAGAGUGAGCCAGCCUUUUUCAGAGAAACAAUCCGCAACGACUGUCGAACAGUUGAUACGGUGGUGUAUGACAUUUUAGUAGCAAAGCUUCGGGGCAAAAGGUUUGGAAAACGCAAAACUGUUCCAUUACCGGAAUAAAGAUGCAAGACAUU